GGAAGUGAUCAGCAACAGAGAUUCUGGUAAUAUUAUUUUGGGUGCUUUUUGCUCUGAAGCACUCAACCUGAAGAAAAACCGUUAAUGGUGUUUGUAAUGGGAAGUUGUCACUUUCUUCACUCUCCAAUCCAUCCUUCCCUUUUCCCCAUUCCCUCUUCAUCUUCUUCUUCUUCUUAUGCCUUCUCCUCUUCUUCUCUGGGGUCUGUUGGCAUUUUUUCUCCUUUGAGAGUGACUUCAAAUGGAAGGAAGAUCAGAAAAGUUUGUGCAUCCGCAAACCAAGAAAGCAAAGAUGAGAAGAAUUUGCGUGCCAGAAGGGUCAUUCUCGUUGUGGGUUUUUCUGUACUUCCAGUUCUGAAAAUGGCUGCAAUGCCUUUUCGGAGCUUGGCUUCAGGUUAGACUGCGCUGUUACAUUUUGACUCCUUUUUGGUUUCUUUUUUUGCUUUUUCUUUAGUGCUUUCUAUUCUGUGUCAUUGGUGUUUUAAUUUUGAAUUAGAGGGUUUAGUUUGUUUCUUAAUCUGUUGGGCAAUUUCUCCUUGUGAUGAAUUCAUUACUUGUCAUUGUAUUUCUUGGAAAGACGGCUUCUUGAGAUUCUGGAAGGAUAUUGUUCUGCAGUGUGAUUUCGUGCGAAAUUGCCAUUCUUGAUUAUCAUUAACUCUUUAGUACUUCCUACUGUUAUUAGUCUAUGUUUAUUUAGAGAUUAUUGCUGGGGCCAGCAUGAAAACUGCCUAGUGAUCGUUAGUUCGUUGCAACACAUUAUUAUCGAAAGCGAAAUAGAUUCUGUGUUAUUCUGUAAUCUGUAUCCAGUACCCGGUAUUGAGGGAUAACAAGGCUUCGGUCAGCCCCUUGCUAAAUAUGCUUGGAUGAAUGGUGUACUUCUGUUUACUAUUUGCAUACCUCUAGGUUUAAGCUAUUGCAGCAAGGUGGAGAGGGAAUAAUAAUUGUCAAUUUGUCUUCUGUUGGUCUCCCAAUGGUGUUUUUGUUACGAAGCUAUGCCAUAUAGGGUUUAACCUAACCCUACCCAAUGCCUUAUGCAAACUUAAGUUGCUCUUGUUUCUAGGUUUCUAUUCCGAUUUCAACAAUUUGAAGCACCUAUGGUUUUUAUUUAUUUAUUUAUUUUUGUUUCAUCCAUAAUCUGUUGUUUGAUUUGCCUUGGGAUGCUUUAAAGUUUACAGUGGAGUAUACUGGUGGUGCAGUUGUUUUUUUAUUCUCAUUUACCUUAGAAGCUUUUACAUGUGGUGUUGGCUGGAAAUAAUGUUAAAACAUAUACAGUGUAUGUAAGCUAGUGGAAAGCUCAUAGCAGACAUACAUGAAUCUCUGGAUGAUCAAGCUAUGCAGGGAGUCUUGGUUCACAGAAGGGGUUGAUAAUGUUUUAAAUGCCAGAAGGUAUUGAUAAUGUUUUAAAUGACAUUUGUUACAAUUAAUUAAACUGUUAUCCGGAGAAGAUGUCAGUGAAAUAACCUUACAGCAGGAUUUUGAACUGCAUGCUGCAGCCUAGAAAGUCCUUUAACCUGGGCAUAAAACCAUUGGGUUGUAGGGAUAUGGGAAAAUAAAUCGUUUUACAAUCUUUGAAUUAUGAUAAGAACUGGCCGAACCAGUUGUUUAGUCAUUGUUGUUUAGUCUACAAUGAUUAUGUAGCUCUGGAUCAACCAGUUGCGUUGUUUAGCCUUAAGUCCUUAUAGCUGGCUUAUUGACAAUAAAGUGUAACUGUAAUGCUUCAGAAAUGAGAUGAAAGAUGAGAAUAAACAGUUACUUUCCAGGUUAAGUCUAACUUUAAAUUUUUUCUGGGAGGCACUUUUUUCUUAUACAGCAUUUCCUGCAGCAUGCCUCUAAAGAUAUGGUUAAUCAAUUAAUUAAAAUGUUCACAAACUAACAUUUAACUGUGGCCUUCCCGAUCCCUUCAUGUUUUUGAUGCUCAUGUGGAUAAAAUUAUUAAACUUUCAAAAGUUGGUCAGUGGGGUGGACACUUCUUAACCAGUUAUCAGGUGUUGUAUUUGUUUGUUUGCUGGCAAUCCAUUUCAUGCCCAGGGCUGACUUUUGAGAAGUUACCCUUUUUGUCGGCUGAGUUUACUUGAGGCAAUCUUACAAGAAAAGGAAAAUUCCGUGUGUCAAAUAUAGUAGUUCCAUAAAUAUACCGUAACGUAAGUGCAGUGUUUAAGCCCCUUAAGAAAGACGACUUUUUUGCUUUUCAGCUGAUACCGCAGGAUUUUUCAUCAAGUACUUGUAGAUCACAUGCACCUACCUACCAUAUUCUCUUUAUCACGUGACUAAUUCCUUGCAUGCCACAUAAAUGGUCACAAGUGGACUUGCAUUUUCUCUGCUCAAAUCCUUAAAGGUUUUGGUAAUGCAAGCUUCGAAGCACAUCUUUCAGUUUCUUUUUAGCUAGUUAUAUUUGCCAACUUUCUGUCGAUAUUGUUUAUUAUGGAUCAAGUUGGUGUGGCUCUUUUCUCUUAUUCUUUAGUUGCUUUUUGCUCCUUUUCAUGGAAAUGAGUGCAUAUCUGAUGCUUUUGGUUUCAGAUGGACCUGACUUAACGGCUUCAGAACCGGAGCAAAGAGCAGAGGUUUGAUCCUUCGUGCCAAAUGGCUACCAAAGAUUGUCAAUUGAGUUACUUUUCUUUUCCAUGAUGCUUUGACACUGUUAAGACGGUUUUACUGUUUGAGGUGAAAAUUCCUGUUUUGCCAGAAUAAACAUCAAGGAGAUGCAACGGGAAAUCCUUUUGUCUCAGUUCUUGGUGGGCUUGGAAUUUUGGGUUCAGGUGUGCUCACUGCUCUAUAUUCACUCGCUCUCAAGGAGAAGGCGAGUUCAGAAGCUACAAUUGAAUCAAUGAGAGAUCAGUUACAGAUAAAAGAAGCCACAAUUGCGUCUAUGAAGAAGAAAUUUGAGUCAGAUCUGAUGAAUGAAAAAGAAGUCAGAAAACAGAAAGUUGCGGAGGCCCUUCAAGAGCAGCAAUCCUUGAUUAGCCAGCUGAAAUCAGCAAAUGACUUAAUUGUAGACCUGAGACAGGACUUGCAAACGCAGGCGAAAGUGGCUGAUGAGCUUAGAGUGAGCAUUGAUAGUCUUCAAAACAGACUUACAAAGUCUGGGAAAGAUAAUAAAGAAUUACAAGAAAUGUUGAGAGAUAAGAUGGACUUCAUUGGGGGCUUGCAAGAAAAGAUUAACUUUCUUACAGGAGAGAUCAAAGAUAAAGAUGAUAAUCUUCAGAGUCUGGGAUCUGCUCUUGCUGAUAAAGAAACACAGUUGCAGAAACUGUAUGAUACCAAUCAGCAGUUGCAGGACCAGCUCGUAGGGUUGAGUUCAGAGAAUGAAGGAUUGAAAGAUAAACUUCUGAAAAAUGAGAAAGAACUGGGACUGAAGAUGGUUGAAGUCAAUGAUUUGAAAGCGCAAGUUGGCGUUUUGCUUGAUGAGAGAGAUAAAUUUACCAGGAAGAUUGACUCCAUUGAGAGGGAGUACAAUGACUUCAAAUCUUCAUCAGAGAAGAAGGCAGCUGAAGAUGCUAAGAUUUUGGAAGAUCAAGUACGUACACUUAACCAAAUUAAGGAACAGCUUGAGUCUACUUCAAGUGAAUUAGGCUUGAGGGAAGUGGCAGUGAAGGAUUUAUCACAAGAGAGGGAUGCUUUAAGGAAAUUGUUGGAUAUUGAAGUGAACAAUGCUAAGGACUUGGAGCAAGAGCUCCAAAUCAAGCAUGAAAAUUUAGAAAAAUCAAAGAAUCAAGUGUCUGAAUUGGCCAGACAACUUCAGCAAUCGAGAGAUUUGUGCUUUCAGCUUGAAGCUGAAGUUUCUAAGGUUCGUGCAGACUUAGCUGAAUCUAAGGAGUCCUUGCAGCGGACUACUGAAGAAGCAAAGAAGAAUGCUGAAGUAUUAUCUCAAGAGCUAAAAUCAUCCCAGGCACUUCUGAAGAAAGAGACCGAAGAGAAGGAUGCUGUGUCGCAGGAACUUGCUGCUGUAACACAAUCACGUGAGGAUUUACAGAAGGAAGUAGUUGAUGUCUACAAGAAAGCAGAAACUGCCGCAAAGGAACUACUUGAAGAAAAAGCAGUUGUUGCCUCUUUGAAGAAAGAGUUGAAAGCUCUUGAGACUCAAACAGCUGAAGAGAAAGAAGCCCGCGAAUCACUUGAAAGGGAUUUAGAAGAAACUAGGACAUCACUGGAAGAGAUCAACCAAAAUGCAUUGAUUCUCACAAGAGAGCUGGAGCUUGCAAAUUCUCAGAUUUCCAGCAUUGAAGAGGAGAAAGACGUGCUGUACAAGUCGCUUGCAGAGCAAAAGAAAAUUUCUCAAGAAGCACGAGAGAAUAUGGAAGAUGCACAUAGCUUGAUAAUGCGACUAGGGCAGGAGAAGGAAACUUUUGAGAAGAGAGCAAAGAAACUGGAAGAUGAACUGGCGUCUGCAAAGGGUGAAAUACUGCGGUUGAAGAGUAAAGUGAAUUCAUCAAAGACUACCGUGAACGAUCAACAUCAGCCAAAGGUAGAAGUGGGAGCUAAAGUUGCUACUCCCCCAAAAAGAGUAAGGCGAAGGAGAAAGACUAUUGAGGGAGACAGUGACUCGUAGUAAAGCUCACGAGUUGAUGUUCAAACUUCAUUUGUGGUCAUUGAACCUCCUACAGCUGGAGAUUUGUAUAAUCAGAAUGUAUCCGUUGUUUACCCUAUAAGUUUCGGGAAAACAGGCUUUUGUAAAGGAUCUUUGUAUUUCUAUCAUAAUGAGCAUUUUGUACAUCCAGGCUCUUGUUUCGAUGGAUAUUGUUUUUCUUCAAUCACAUAUAUACAUCAAUAUAUCUAGUUUUGUACAUUGAUCAUUCCUGCAACUUACAUCUUUACUGUUUUAUGCC